AAGACAAGAGUAAAGGAGGUUAGGCAGGGAGUGGAUACGCUGCCUGCCGAGGACAGAGAAGUUCUCGCCGGCCAGCUGGCUGCUUGUUGCAAGAUCUCAAACAGCAGCUCCUGCCGCACAGCCGGUUUAUCCCUCUUUUGCCUCCCAUCCAACUGCUGCUGGGAUUUUCCACUGGGCUGAUUUUGACAGCCAUCGGGACUGCAAGGUGGCUACUACCCACUCUGAACCUGUGUGGAAUACAUACCUUGCACAAGAAAUGCCCCACUGCAUGCUGCCUUCAAGGCAAGCAUCGUUAUUUUUGUCGACAGUGCAAAAAGCUGGAUACUGCAGAGCGCUAAGGAUAUAAAGGGAAUGCAAGCGCAGUCCUGGACAGGUGCUCUCUGACGGAGGCCAAACUCUGAGGUGGAGGAGGCUGUAAAGAGGCCCUGAAGGAGCCUCCCACCCUCCCUACCUGACCAGACCGGGGCAAACACAUCGGACAGCAAUGGCUCCCCGAAAGCGUGGUGGUGGCGGUGGCCGCGGUGGUCUGUCUUUCUUCUUCUGCUGCUUUAACAGCAGCGACCACCCAGAGAUCACCUAUAGGCUGAGGGAGGACUUUGCCCUGCAGGUCAUGGAGCCGUCUCUUCCGAUGCCGGGAUACGAUGAGCUGGAUGGCAUGUUCUCCGAGUUGGUGGAUGAGCUUGACCUCACAGAGAAACACAGGGAAGCCAUGUUUGCCCUCCCUGCAGAGAAGAAAUGGCAAAUCUACUGCAGCAAAAAGAAGGAACAAGAAGAAAACAAAAGUGCGACGAGUUGGCCCGAAUACUACAUUGAUCAGCUAAAUUCAAUGGCAGCUAGAAAAACGCUCCUCGCUCUGGAAAAGGAGGAUGAAGAGGAGAGGAACAAAACCAUUGAAAGCUUGAAGACGGCUCUGAGGACACAACCAAUGAGAUUUGUGACUCGCUUCAUUGACCUGGAUGGCUUGACGUGUAUCCUAAAUUUUCUGAAGAGCAUGGACUAUGAGACCACUGAAUCGCAGAUCCACACGUCUCUGAUCGGCUGCAUCAAAGCUCUGAUGAACAAUUCACAGGGCCGAGCCCACGUCCUUUCUCACUCAGAGAGCAUCAACAUCAUUGCUCAGAGUUUGGCCACAGAGAACAUUAAGACCAAGGUGGCGGUGCUGGAGAUCAUGGGUGCUGUAUGUUUGGUGCCUGGCGGACACAAAAAAAUCCUGGAGGCAAUGCUGCAUUAUCAACGCUUCGCCUGUGAGAGGACUCGCUUUCAGUCACUUAUUAAUGAGCUGGAUCGGAGUACGGGGCGAUACAGGGACGAGGUCAACCUGAAAACAGCCAUCAUGUCUUUUAUAAAUGCUGUGCUGAGUCAAGGCGCCGGAGAGACAAGUUUGGAAUUCCGUAUCCAUCUCCGAUAUGAGUUUCUCAUGUUGGGAAUACAGCCUGUGAUUGACAAACUACGCUCUCAUGAAAACUCCACGUUAGACAGGCAUUUAGACUAUUUUGAGAUGCUGCGGAAUGAGGAUGAGCUGGCAUUAUCAAAACGUUUUGAGUCGGUACAUAUAGACACCAAAAGUGCCACGCAGGUUUUUGAUCUCAUCCGCAAGAAGAUGAACCACACUGAUGCAUAUCCGCACUUUAUGUCUGUCUUGCAUCACUGCCUCCUCAUGCCACACAAACGAAGUGGUAACACGGUGCAGUACUGGCUGCUGUUGGACCGCAUCGUCCAGCAGAUGGUGUUGCAGAAUGACAAAGGUCAUGACCCCGAUGUCACGCCACUGGAGAAUUUUAACGUGAAAAACGUUGUCCGGAUGCUGGUCAAUGAGAAUGAGGUGAAACAGUGGAAAGAGCAGGCAGAGAAAAUGAGAAAAGAGCAUCAUGAGCUGCAGCAGAAGUUUGAGAAGAAGGAGCGUGAAUGUGAUGCCAAGACGCAGGAGAAGGAGGACAUGAUGCAGACACUCAACAAGAUGAAAGAGAAACUGGAAAAGGAAAGCACAGAGCACAAGAAUGUCAAACAGCAAGUGGCCGAGCUCACCACCCGACUGCAUGAGCUCAGCACCAGACAGGCUGCUGCCGUUGUUCCCGGCGGACCUCCCCUCACCCCAGGCCCCCCUGGCGGCCCUCUGCCUCCUCCACCCAUGCCCGCAUUUGGAGGCAUGUGCCCGCCUCCCCCACCCCCUCCUCCUGGCGGUAUGAUGCCUCCUCCACCUCCCCCGCCUCCUCCUCCCGGUGGUCCCCCUCCUCCACCCGGACGUCCACCCAUGGGAGGCAUCCCUCCACCACCGGGGGCCCCUCUGGGACCUUCUCUAAAGAAGAAGAACAUCCCCCAGCCGGCCAAUCCACUCAAGUCCUUCAACUGGUCCAAGAUAGCUGAGAAUAAACUAGAAGGAACAGUGUGGAUGGAGGUGGACGAUGCCAAGGUCUUCAAAGUCCUGGAUCUGGAGGACAUUGAGAAGACCUUCUCAGCCUAUCAGAGACAGCAGGACUUCUUUAUGAUCAAUAACAGCAAACAGAAAGAGGCAGAGGACGACACACUGAGCUCCAAAAAAGUCAAGGAGCUCUCAGUGAUCGAUGGUCGUCGAGCUCAAAACUGCAACAUCCUCCUCUCAAGGCUGAAGCUGUCAAAUGAGGAGAUCAAGAGAGCCAUCCUGACCAUGGAUGAACAGGAAGAUCUUCCCAAAGAUAUGUUAGAGCAGCUGCUGAAGUUUGUCCCAGAGAAGAGCGACGUGGAUCUUCUAGAAGAGCACAAACACGAACUGGACCGAAUGGCAAAACCCGACCGCUUCCUCUAUGAGAUGAGCAGAAUAAACCACUACCAGCAGAGGCUGCAGUCGUUAUACUUCAAAAAGAAGUUUGCAGAGAGAAUAGCAGAGAUUAAACCCAAAGUUGAAGCUCUGACAAAGGCAUCUAAAGAGGUUUUACACAGUAAAAACCUGAAGCAGCUGCUGGAGGUGGUGCUGGCCUUUGGAAACUACAUGAACAAAGGUCAGAGGGGAAAUGCUUACGGUUUCAAGGUGUCCUCCCUCAACAAGAUCGCAGAUACCAAAUCCAGCAUCGACAAAAACAUCACUCUCCUUCACUACCUGAUAACCAUCCUGGAGAAGAAAUAUCCCAAAGUCCUGAUGUUCCAGGAGGACCUUCAAAACCUCUCUGAGGCUGCAAAAGUCAACAUGACAGAGCUGGAAAAAGAUAUUGGCAACCUGCGCAGUGGUUUGAAAAGUGUUGAGAGCGAGUUGGAGUACCAGAAGAAGCGGCCGCAGGAACUGGGCGAUAAGUUUGUGUCGGUGGUGAGUCAGUUCAUCACUGUGGCCAGCUUCAGCUUCUCUGAUGUAGAGGAUUCUCUCACUGAGGCCAAAGAGCUGUUCCUGAGGGCAGUAAAGCACUUCGGCGAGGAUAACGGUAAGAUGCAGCCAGAUGAGUUCUUUGGCAUCUUUGACCAGUUCCUGCAGUCGUUCAGCGAGGCUCAGCAGGAGAACGAGAACAUGCGAAAACGCAAAGAGGAGGAGGAGCGCAGGGCCAAAAUGGAAGCUCAGCUCAAAGAACAGAGGGAGAAGGAGCGAAAGGCCCGGAAAGCAAAGGCAAACGGGGAGGAUGACGGCGGCGAGUUUGACGACCUGGUGUCGGCGCUGCGUUCAGGUGAAGUCUUCGACAAAGACUUGUCAAAGAUGAAACGUAACCGCAAGCGCAUCAACAGCCAGAACACGGACUCGAGCAGAGAGCGACCGGUCACGAAGCUCAACUUCUGAGCAGAACUGAGGUCUCAAAUCCCACCCACCCACCACUCCACCGCUCAAACCUCAUCGCUGGUUUCCCUCUGGGUCAAAGUGACACAAACAUUCCUCAGCACCAUUCCCACCCAGCUCAGCUUCAGUAGACCCACAGAGAAGGAGUCUACACCGCUCAUCUUUUUUUUUUUUUUUUUUUCAAAAGUAAAAUGGAGCAGAAGCCAAAAGUUGAACCUAUGUUAGACCAAAUGAGAUCAUUCCUGCUGGACGCCUGUGGGAAUCGGCUCUGAAAUGUCCAAUGAAAUGUUUAGGAUGCACACAAUGUUCUGCAUCACUCCUCUCGCAGAAUGAACUCCAGUAAAAACAGCUUCCCUCCAGGUGGGAGAGAUGCUCGCGGUUGUACGAUAGGAUUCCUUCUGUGCUGUUUUUGUACGUCAGGAUCUAUGCACAGAGUGAAAUGUGCAGCUAGUAACCUUCUUCAGGGCUUGAUCGUCAAACCAAAUGGGAAGAUGAUUCCAAUAGAAACACAAGGGGCCAUUUUGUAUGGAUGGAUUUCGUAGAUUAACGGGGGCUACUUUCACACGCCUGAAUUGUCUGAGUGAUAAUUUUGGGAGAAAGACUGAAUCUGAACUUUUUGUCUGGAAACUGCCGUUCUCUUGUUGUCAGAACCAUCCCAGGACUGAGACGCUGGGUCGUUUGACAGAAAAGGUUUUAACUCCAAGUGACGCAGCCGAGAAGUUGUUUUUUUUUCUGUUCAACAUUAUUGAUGUGCAGCAUUUAUAUAUCUGAUCACUUUAUGUUUAUUUGAACUUUUUCCUGUUAAGAGCUGGCCUUAACUCUGUUGACUUUAAUUGUUGAGUGGGUACUCUCAAGGCCUGGGCCUAAUCUGCAAUUUCUCAACAAGUGUGGACACUCAUGUCAUAGAUUACAUUUAUCUAUAUAUAAGGUUGUGUGCGCUCUUGUUACACAUGCGCAUAUGAAGUCAUAAUUAUUACACUAAAUGCCAUUAAAUCCAAACCUAAAUGACGCAAUACAUUUGUGUGUUGGGAGUGUCCUCCUUGAAGUUUGUUUUUGUAAUAAAUCAAAUGUUUCAUGCACAAUGGCUGGAUUUACACACAAAAAAAAACAAGAAAACUAAA